AUGUUAGCCAAGGGAAGUGAGGAAUUGGAUUUAGUUAAGCGUCAGUUGGUAGAUGUGAUGGAACAAAUUGAAGUAGGUAAAGUUGAAAUAAAUAAUUUGAAAGACCACAAUAGUAGGCAGGAUUUGUGGUUAACUAAAAGAAGAAAUGAUCUAGAUUUAUUAAAGAGUGAGUUGGUGGGGGCACUAGUGGAAAUUGAAAUAGAUAAAGUUGAAAUGAACAUAUUGAAUCAAAAGCUAGAACUGAUGGCAAAUAAGGUAAGUGAAGGUGAUGAACAGAGAAAUAAGCUUCUUGCUGUUAUCCAAGAGAAGCAAAAUGCCAUCUUAUUGCUUGAAGUGAAAGAAAAUGAACUGCAGAAGCAAAUGAAGGUAGCAGUUGAUCUUGUUCUUGGAAUUUCAGGGGCCCUUUCUAAUUUUGAAUGUCGAGUGGCUGAGGGCUUCAAGAAGAAUAAUUUGAGGUUGGAGGAAUCUACUCAUCAAUUGAUUUCUCUUAUUCAGAAAACUAGCACAGUUAAAAGAACAAAAUUAUUGGACAAACAAAAGCUUGAGAGGAGAUGUGCUGAUCUUCAAAUGGCUGAAGCUGAGAAUCUUACAAUGACGAGAAAGAACAAAGGAAUCUGUCAUAGUUGUAGACGUCCUGGUCACAACUUAUCGAGAUGUCCCACAAAGCAACAUUGCCCUUCAUGUGGACAGGGGUUUGUGAAAUGGAUGGAGGUAGAGAAGAACACGGUGAACAAAGGACGGAUGUUCUUUUGUUGUAGUGUUGAGUGCGGAUAUUUCAAGUGGGGUGAUGAAUGCCCCCAAAAGAAACCCGACACUUUUGGAGAACAAGCAAGUGGAGGGGUGUAUGACGAAGGUGAAUCAAGUGGUGUUGUUUUGGCCAAAUCAUCCGCCACAAAGGAAAUGAAACAAGAUAUGGCUCAAGUAUUCAAACUUCUUGCUCGCAUUUUUGAAGAAGAAGAUGUGGAGAUAUCUCUCAAUCUAACGAUUCACAAGGGAAAAGGAAACGCAUGUUCUUGAUGGUUUUGAGCUGCCGACCUUUUCCUUCUUGGAAAUAUUUCCAUGUUGUAUUAUAUAAUCUUAUAGAAAUGUUAUUGCAUGACUGUUAAUCCUCUCCUUUUUUC